AUGAGGAGCAUGAUUAGCCAACAGAGCAGGGACCAUAAGGCCCAGAUUGAUGGGUUAGCUGCUGAAAAUAAUAAUAUUAAAGACCAGCUUGUGAAGAUACAUAAAGACUAUGGAGUAGCAGGGGCUCUCGAAUCUUUAUUGGAGGAGGAUAUCUUAAAAGAGAUAAGGAACCUGGUUUAUAGCAAAUGCAAGCUCAUUGACGAUCUAAGAGAGGAGGCCAUGAAGAAGGAUGAAGUUAUAGAGCAGUUCGAAAGAAAAGCAAAUAUGUUCGAGGUUAAACAUCUGAGCUCCCAGGUUGAAUCUUUAAAGCAGACGCAGCACAAACUCCAAGAUGAAAACUUGAAUUUGACUCAAAUUGUUAAUAAGAUGUCAGAAAAGAAUACCAAGCUAAAGCAAGAGCUACUUUUUUUCAACUCAGAGCUGAAAAAGGCGAUGGAGCUGCUGGGAAGGAAGAACGAGACAAUAUACGGACAGAAAAGUCUGAUUGAGCUGUUCCAGGAAAAGAUUAGUGGUGCAAGUUCGUUCCCAAUUGAGGAUUUGAAAAAGAAAAAGCUGGAAAUUGAAGAAAGACUGGAGAAAGAAAAUGACUACUUCGUAAAACAAAGACUGAAAAGGGAAAGAGAGGAUUGCUCAAAGAGACUUUCAGAUUUUCUGAAUCUGCAAACCGCAAAAAAAGUACAAAAUAAAAACUGA